AUGUCACACCAUCUGUUCAUCCUCUCACCGUCGGAUACUCCAAUAUACAGCCUAACGCACUACUCGACGAAACCUGCAGCGAGCAUCGGUUCACCGCUUUCAGCCAAUUUGCCUAACUGGUCAACUUCGGCAUUCGCUGGCACUUUGACUGCGUUGUCCGGAGCAUCCAGUGCUACACAGCAUACGACUGGCGGAACGGUCCGAGUAGGAGGAGGACAGGAUCGACAUGUCAUUCAAAUGAUUGCAAAUGCGAGCCUAGAUGCGAUUGAAGAUGUGAUGCGCAAAGAAAACGGGAUGUAUCUGAAGGCAGUCGAUAAAUUCAACGAAUGGACCGUCUCGGCAUUUAUAACACCAGGAAAUAGCAAGUUUCUGCUACUUCAUGAAAGUAAAAACGAUGAGGGAAUCAGGUCAUUCUUCGUGGAAGUAUGGGAGGUUUAUGUGAAGACUAUGAUGAAUCCAUUUCAAAGUGCGCAGAGGACGAUUGUGAGCCAGGCGUUCGACGGACGGGUGCGGGCAAGCGCAAAGAAACACUUGUAG